AUGUCGACCGUUAAAGAAGAGUCCUACAAUUUGCCAUCCACAAGUGGCACCAGCGUUGCAGUUGCAGCCGAUCAGAGAGGAGCAGCUGGCAAUGAAUCUGUAGUUACAUAUUGUGCCGAAUACAUUAGUAUACGUGUCACAACUAGCGCCAGGACCAACGAAGUACAUUUCCGUUUGAAACCUGAUGUAACAUUUGUUUGUAUGAAAACAACAUACUGCAAAAAAUUGGGUUUUAUUAAUAAGGAUGAUUCGCGUUUUGUGUAUGAUUGUAUACGAAUCGCUGAUGAUUAUACACCAAAAUCGUUACAUAUGAUGGAUGGUGAUGUUGUUGAGAUAUACCAAGUACUAAGAAAUUAAGGGUUCUUA